UCUCUAAUACAAGUCCCUGCCAUCUGCUAUGUCUCUAUAUAUUCAAAAUAACUUUGAGGAGACAUACACUGCAUCUUCAAUUUACUUCUUGUUUCCUCAACUACCUAAAGCUCUCUUUGCUUAAUUUGUCGUGAGUUCUGAAAGAUAUGGCAGAAUUUCUCCUCACUUUUUCUGCCAAGGAAAUACUGACCAAGGUGAUUUCGCUUGCUGCUGAAGAAUUCACUCUCGUGUUGGGUUUCAAAGGAGAUCUAGCACAGUUGCAUGCAUCAUUCCUCAAGAUUCAAGCUAUGCUACUAGAUGUCGACCAUUCACAUGUUCGAGGGGUGACUUUGGAAAAUUGGGUGAAGGAUCUUGAAGACAUAGCUCACAAAGCCGAUGAUGUUUUGGAUGAAAUUGGGUAUGAAGUUCUCCGACGCAAAGUAGAACUCCAGAAUCAGAUGAAGAAAAAGGUGAAAUCUUUCUUUUCACACAACAAUCCCAUUGCAUUUCGCUUUAAAAUGGCAAAUAAAAUUAAAAGGAUCAACAAAUCUUUGCUGGAUUUGAACGAUGAGGCAGCUGGCCCUAUUGGGUUAGUUGCUAGGAUACAAGCAGAUGCAACCUCACAAGAUGUUGAAGUACCCGACAGGGAAACCAUCUCCAAAUUUUAUAAUGAUGAGAAGCUCAUCAUUGGAAGGGAGGAGGUCGUGUCAGAUAUAGUCAAAACCUUGACCAAGUCAAAUGACAGUGCCAAAAACUAUCCUCCAGUUUUGGCUAUCGUGGGAAUGGCAGGCUUGGGGAAGACAACUUUGGCUAAAUCAAUAUUUCAUGAAUCUAAGAUUGAUAAACACUUCCAUGUAAGAAUAUGGGUGUGUGUAUCUACUCCUUUUGAAGUCAAGACAAUCUUAAGGAGGAUUUUGGAAUCUCUAAAAUCAGAGGAAGCUGCAAUACAAGGUAAGGAGAAGAUUUGUAAUCUCAUUCAAAAAGAGUUGAAAAAGAAAAGAUACCUUCUUAUACUUGAUGAUGUUUGGAGCGAAGAUCCUCAGAAAUGGGAAGAGUUGAAGAAUUGUUUGUCAACUGUUGAAGAUACUCGAGCAAGUAGCAUAAUUAUUACCACCCGUAGUGACAAAGUUGCAAAAGUCAUGGAGACCCUUCCUAGGUGUGAUUUGAGAAGACUAUCAGAUGAUGAAUGUUGGCUCAUAAUGAAGGAUAAAGCAUUUUCAGUUGGGAGUGCUCCUAUGUCCAAAGAGCAGGAGAUAGCUGGUAAAGAGAUUGCUAAGAAGUGCGGAGGUGUACCAUUAAUGGCAAAGGUUUUGGGACCUAUGUUGCGCUCCAAAACAACUGACGAAUGGCGGUCAAUUGUAAACAAUAAAAUAUGGGAUUUACCAGAAGGAGAAAAAAGAAUUUUGUCAAUUUUGAAGUUGAGUUUUGAUGAAUUGAAACCUUCAUCCUUGAAACAAUGUUUUGCAUAUUGCUCGAUGUUCUUCAAAGAUUUUGAUAUUGAAAAGGAUGACUUGAUCCAACUAUGGAUGGCUCAGGGAUGGCUUCACCCUUGUCCUGACAAAGGCCUAGACAUGGAGGAGAGAGGUAAUGAAUAUUUUAAAAUCCUAUUGGCGAAGUCGUUUUUUCAAGACGCUAGAAAGGAUUAUGGUGGUAAUGUUACCAAAUGUAAGAUGCACGAUCUUGUGCAUGAUCUUGCAGAAAGUGUAUCAAAAUCAAGGAACUUACACUCACUUUUUCUCAAUGGAGAAGUCCUUGACCUUGAGAGCAACUUACUUAAUUUUAAAUCUUUACGUGUCUUAAAUUUAUACAAUGCAGACAUUAUGGAGUUGCCAAUUUCAAUUGGGAAGUUGAAACAUUUGAGGUAUCUGAAUGUUUUGAAAACAAGAAUCAAAACAUUUCCCAAAUCAAUUGGUCAGCUUUACAACCUGCAAACAUUGAAAAUAGCUUAUCAGCUUGAAGAGUUUCCGAGAGAAAUUGCAAAUCUGAUAAACUUGCGGCACAUUUAUUUUGGUAGAUAUAUGAAAGUUCCAAGUGGAAUAUUGGGACAGUUCACUAAUCUUCGGUCAUUACCUUUUCUCAAGGUGGGUAAAGAGACAGGUCCGAGAAUUGAGGAAUUGAGUGGUUUAAACCAGUUGCAGAACACCUUAUCUAUUUAUGGACUGGAAAAUGUAAGAGAUGGAGAAGAAGCGCAGAAAGCAAACUUAGUUGAGAAGAAACAUAUACGCAAGUUAAUCCUUGAAUGGAAGCUUGAUAGGCCAAGCCACAAUGUGGACAAUGAAGACGAUGUACUAAAAGGCCUACGACCACAUGAUAGUUUGGAAUUUUUGGCUAUUCAUGAAUUCAUGGGUAUUGAAUUUCCAUCAUGGUUAUUGCUAGCCAAGAAUUUGAAAGAGAUUGAAUUAUUGGGCUGCAACAAAUGUGAAGGAGUUCCAGUACUUGGGCAUUUACCCAGUCUUAGUUGUGUUAAGAUUAAGAGCAUGGAGAAUCUAACUUGUAUGGGAUCUGAGUUUUAUGGUGAUAACCAUGUUAACUGUGGAAAUGGAUCAAGUAAGGAGGCCCGGCCUUUGUUCCCUGCUUUGAAAACAUUGCAUAUUGAGGAGGCACAGAACCUGAUUGAAUGGAUGGAAGCGCCAACAGAGGGAGGAAGUAGGGUGGUGUUUCCUUGCCUUGAGGAGCUGACCUUGAUUCACUGUGACCAACUGACUAGUGCUCCCAGUCAUUUUCCAUCUCUUAAGAGGUUGGUGAUAAGAGACAUGGAUAGUGGAGGCAUGCCAAUAGCAAGUAUUCUAAGCAAUCAACUCACCACUCUCACUAAUCUCAGGUUAUCGAAUGUGGGGGGACUUACUUGUCUGCCGGAAGGGAUGUUGGAAAACAACAAGAAUCUUGCACAUUUAAACAUACAUUCAUGUUCGGAGUUGACUCAUAUAUCAGAAGGGUUUGAGCACUGCUGCGCAUCUCUUUCUCAUUUGUAUAUAGGGAAUUGCAAUAAUUUGAGAUAUUUACCUGAUGGGAUACUCACAUCUUCUCUUAAAGGGUUGUCGUUGUGGGGUUGUGACAAUUUAAAGUACAUCCCAGAUGCUACAGGCGAUGGUCUCACAUCCCUUCAAACAUUGGAAGUGAUGAGGUGCCCCAAAAUAACAUCCAUUCCAUUUUCACAAGGCCUCCCAUCUCUCGGUGUAUUAAGUAUAGAAGACUGUCCCGAAUUAUCAAGUCUACCGGGUGGGCUGGAAUUCUGUACCUCUAUUCGGAGGUUGAGAAUAACAAGGUGCCCUAAGGUACCAUCCAUUUCAAUCGAAAGUCUGAGUACAUCCCUCCAAGAGUUGUGUGUAAGUAAUCUAGACUCUCUUCCAAUUUCACAAGGUGGCUUCACAUCACUCCGUGACUUGGAAAUCUGUUACUGCGAAAGUGCACAAUUUGGGCCAGAAUUUAGUGCCUUUCUUCAAACCCUUGAAUCUCUUCAAAAAUUGAAGAUAUGGUGGUGCGAUAAUCUAGAAACUAUUCCAAGUUCAGACAAGCUCACAUCCCUCCGCAGCUUGGAGAUUCGUUGGUGUCGUAAAUUAAAAUAUCUACCGGAUGGGUUAGCAGCAUCGUCACAGUCCUGCAGUCUCACCCGUUUGAAGGAAUUGACAAUUGGUCCUUUUUGCGAGAAGCUCCAUGCAUUCCCGGCUUUUCAGGCUAUACCACAGCUUGAAUCAUUAUCCAUCUGGGGGUGGCGUAAGCUCAAGUCUCUCCCUGAACAAAUUCAGCACUUGCCUUCUUUAAGACAUUUGGAAAUACGGUCCUUUGGUGGAGUGCAGGCUAUUCCAGAAUGGUUGGGAAACCUUGCAUCUCUGGAGGACCUGACUAUUCGGUCGUGCAGUAGUCUGAAGUAUCUACCUCCUGUGGAAGCUAUGCAACGCCUCACCAAAUUGAAAGAGAUAAACAUCUCCAACUGUCCCCGUCUAGAAGAAAGAUGCACGGAGGAGAGCGGCUCAGAGUGGCCUAAGAUUCGUCAUAUUCCAUUAAUCAAGAUUGGAGAUAUAAAAAUCGAGAAUUAACCAACAUUGGGGCGAAUACGGAAGUAUGAGGAGAUCGAUCACACCACAUGUUGAAGAAUUGUGUUGCAUAACAGAUACACCAAGGAAGAGAUUGAUACUUCUUGUGAUUGAAAAGGUGUGUGAAUGGAGGCUGAUAUACUUAAGGCCGUGAAAUUUGAUUUAGGCAAUCCUACAAUAAAGACAAUUUUAAGGAGAUUCAAUAGAGUUGCUAAAGAGAGCAAAAGAGCUUUCCAAAACACCAGAUGAGGAGUAGUUGAGUCACCUAAACUGGUAGUGCCAUCCCCCAAGUUCAGUUUGUUACUCUGAAUUGUCCUCCAAACCAGUGGUGUAACAUUAUUUGGCCAACUCUGUUUUCCAUUGAGAAAUCAUUGUUAUAGUGGAAGCUGUUGCAUGGAAAAUCUCUUGACAGAUUGCAGUGUACAGCUCUUUGCAGUAGGAAUUGGGGGACAAGGUUUCGUCAUUUUUGGCUCUGUUGUGCUAAAAGCAAUUUAUGCCAUCAAAGCAACAAUGUGUGAUGUCUGAUGGAUGAUAGAAACGAGCUAAUUGGUGAAGCAGAUGCUUUGUAGUAGUUGAGAUUAUGGCUGUCAUGUACCCAUAAGCAGUCAUUUGGUGCAGGCAAAGGCGUUCUCAGAGCCCAAAAAAAAUUCAGAGGUGAAUUUUGAGAGAGCUAAAAAAAUUCAGAGGUGAAUUUUGAAAGAGCUUUUACAGCUAUCUUUCAUUGACACGCACAGAAGAAGGCGAGUUUCUACGGAGGUUUACUUACAUUCAUUUACGUUAUAAGAACUAAGCAAUCCCUUAACUUCAUGAAGUUCCGCACCAAGGCAAGGUUUCCUGUCAGCAAAAGAAGCUUUCAGUUUGUGCCUCCAAAUUGUCCUCCAAAGUGGUGGUGUAAGAUUAUUGGGCUAACUCUGUUUUCCUCGACUCUUUUAAAAUCGUUACUAGCUUGGAAAGAGAUGAAUUGAAAAUUCUUUAUGGCUUUCACAAUACAGCAAGCCAAGAUUUUCUCCUUAUUUUAUUGUCAAUAUUGGGGAUUUGGUUUCUGCAAAGCAACUGCUAGCCAUCUAGUCUGAGAUCUUUGGAUGAUAAUCAUGAUAUGGAAUGGAAAAAAGCAAUCUAAGAUGAAGCCAGUGUUGAAUUGAACUUUUAAGAUUUUAGUCUCAGAUGGUGUUGGUCUUUUUAGUGGCAGCCAAGCUGAGAUGUUCCACUAGAGUUGGGAUUACGUACGGAUGCCAUUGUUCUUUCGGUUACCGGGCAAAAGUUUGGAUAUAGAGGCUCAUCUGUGCUUGUGGAUACCUAGCUGAACAACAUAUCAGGAGUGGACACAUGAUGAGACGUCUGCCCAUGCCUUGUAGCUACUUAUACAGUCAAACAUUAAGGAUCUUCAAUUCCAUGCCUCAAAGGGACGAUGUUUCAUCAUUCUCCAUUCAGUUGCAUUCGCUUUUUUACUUGUAUUUUCACAGCUAAACCAUUAUACAGUGUAAUUGACCAUAUUUAUUUCGAUCAUAGUGAAACCACUAGCAAACUACCGUGACGUAGCCCUAAGCUCUAGGCUUUAGCUGAGUUUUGGGUGAACACGUAA